CAAAUCGCGCGGUUCUAAACGCAAGUGUUCAGACAGACGCGGAUGUAAAUGCGGAGUGCCGUAAUCCGCAUAGAGUGACAGCGUUCUAGUCCAAUCAUGGAAGUCGAAGAAGCAAUAUGUGUGUACUUGUUGCUCCGUAAAAAAGAAAGAAAGAAGAAACGGCAGUAUUGGGUGCAUCCAAUAUUACGUGAUCGGCUCACCCAUGGUCAGUUUCAGACUUUAUAUCCAAAAUUAAGAAGUUUUGAACCAAAAUUCUUUAAUUAUUUGAGAAUGUCGAUAAAUUCAUUUGAUGAAUUAUUAGAAAUGAUCAGUGAACAAAUUGCAUCUAAUGAUACCCAUAUAAGGUCAAGCGUGGCCCCAGAAGAAAAACUCGUGAUUACAUUAAGAUAUCUGGGUACUGGUUGUUCCUUUGGAGAACUGCAUUACAACUUUCGUCUUGGCAAAUCUACAAUUACAGGAAUUGUCCGUGAAGUAUGUGAAGCUCUGUGGGAAAAAGUCGCAAAAAAUGUCAUGCCUGAACCCAGCGAAGAUAUAUGGAAGAAAAUAGCUACAGAUUUUGAAAAAUAUGCAAAUUUCCCUAAUUGCAUUGGCGCCAUAGAUGGCAAGCAUAUAAGGAUUACAAAACCCAAUGAUUCUGGAUCUUUGUAUUAUAAUUACAAAACUUUUUUUUCCAUAGUGCUGUUGGCACUUUGUGAUAGUAACUAUUGUUUUUCUUUCAUAGAUAUUGGAUCAUAUGGAAAAAGUAGUGAUUCUGCAAUUUUUAAAAAUUCGGUAUUUUAUAAAAGAUUAAUAGAAAAGUCAUUACACAUACCAAAACCUAAACCAAUAUCUAACACAGAUCCUACGCCAUUGCCAUACGUCAUAGUUGGCGAUGAAGCGUUUGGUUUAUCCGAAACUGUAAUGCGACCCUAUGCAGGUAGAGGGCUAUCAUACGAAAAAAAUAUAUUUAAUUACAGGUUAUCAAGAGCUCGACGUUAUAUUGAAUGCACUUUUGGAAUUCUGGCAAACAAGUGGCGCAUUUUUCAUAGGCCUAUAAACGUUAAUAUAGACUUUUCCGAAGACAUAAUAAAGGCCUGUUGUGUGCUACACAAUUUUGUUAGAACUAGAGAUGGUAUACAGUUUGAAGAUACUUUAUAUACUGGGCCAAUGAGUAAUCUUAAUACAUUACAUGCAGGAAGGGGUACACCGUCAUCAUUAAAUAUUAGAGACAAAUAUGCUAAUUACUUUGUAAAUGAGGGUCGUGUAGAAUGGCAAGACACAAAAAUAUAAAAACUUGAGAGGUGUCAAGGGACACCCGGAUAGAACGAAGUUGACCUCACUGGAGGCGAGUACUAGAGGCGAGUAGCGAGGCGCGGUGUUUGCGUGCGUGAGAAUCGUGAGAUUUUUUUCCGUCUA